AUGUCAUCUCUUGCUCCUAAUAACAAUGGGCCUGAGCAACCAGAUGGGAAUUAUAAUUUAAACUUCAAAGAUAGUAAUGAUGGUGUUAGUCCGAACUCGAGGAAGAGGCGUAGAUCUGAUGGAGGAGAAAGUUCUGACGCUAAUCAUGAUGACGAUGACAAUAUAAGUUCGAAUUCGGCAUCUCCUUCUGAUGAACAAACAAUUGAUUCGCAUAAUCCGAAUGAAGGUGGUAGUACCUCAGUAAAUGCAGAAGAGUCAAUCAAUAUCGUAGAGACAAGGAAUAUUAAUGAGCCUGUACCAGCGUCAGACAUAGAGCCUGAUUUUGAUUUAAAUAACGCUUUCAAUGAACAGAGAUCAUCUACAAAUGAACUUGUGACUGUUCCAGACUCCAGUGUUGAUACGACGACAGAAAAUAAUACAACCAUAUCUGUUAGGCUUUCUAACGAACCUAUAAAUUUGAUGACGCAAGAUACUGAGCCUAACGUAAUCUCAGAAGAAUAUACGAACCCUACAGUAAACACCACAGAUGCCUCAAACAAUCACAAUAGUAUGGCAUCGGAGGAAGUAGUCAUUUCUUCUGUUCGUAAUGUGACUCCAACACUAAUUGACGUUGAAGCUGCAGAACAACGAGUUGUAGAAAUAUCUGAUGAGGAACUAGAAAAAGAAAUUGAAAGUAAGACAGCCAGUGAAUAUAAAGCUGCUCGUGAUUAUCAAUGCCCGAUUUGCUUUGACCCACCAGAGACAGCAUUGAUUACACGAUGUGGUCACGUAUUUUGUUGUGAGUGUUUGUUCCACAUGGUUAAUAGUUCUAGAACUAAUCGAGCAAGUGGGCAUUGCGCACUAUGUAGAUCAAAUGUGAGAUUUAAUGAUGUGAAAUUAGUUAUUAUGAGAAAGAAAAGGGUUAAAAAGAAUUAA